CCAAGGUGCCUAGUUGCCCACACAUUUGUUCCACUCACUCAACAAACUUCAAAAAAGCACAGUUUGAUUCUCAGAUCCACCAUGGAAGCUUUAAUCUCUCAGUUCACUUAUCUCUCCGAUCAAUCCCUCAACGACAAAAACUUCGACCCACAAACAAUCGAAGAUCUAAUGCGACUAUUCGAGCUUGAAUCAUACAAAGCAUGGGCUGCAAUGGAGCUGGAGUUAGAUAACGAAGUGGCAGAUGCUGAAAAUUCGAUGAAAGAAGCCGAAGAUGAACUCGAAUCCGCCAUGGAAAGCGCCAUGAGGGAAUUCAGAGAGUUUGAAGAGGAGAUGGAGCGUGAGUCGAAUAAGGAGCUGCAAGGAUUGUUGUCCAUCGGCGAAAGCGCCAGGCGGUUGGGGAAGACGAUGGAGAAAGCCGCCAAUAUCGCUUCCAACAGGUAUAUUGAGGCAGCGUUGAAUUCAGCAACAGCGUCGAUGAGAUCAGCGAUGAAGACGGUUGCUGGCAAGGGGAAGAAAGUUCAUCCAUCGUGAAUGGAUCUGAUGAUUGUAAGUGAGUUACUGAAUCGACUAUGUGCGGUUUAUGUUGUUGUUGUUGAAUUGUUGGUAUAAUAUUUCAGUUGAUAAGAAAGUGAGGAACUAUGUUUUAAAUACUAAAAAUGUGUGAAUCAUUUGAGGAUGUAUGUUAAGAAGUUGGUGAUGAUAAUAAUGCAAAUUGUACAACUUAUUUCA